UCGAUAUAGACGAAAUCCAAAAAAUUAUCAGAAAAGAAGAGGAAGCCAAGAAUCCAAAUCUUAAAAGCAAAAGAAAAACAGUGGCUCUAGGAGUCAUGAUCGAAGCAGCUCUGAGAGGAAUAAGCACAAAAAGUAUAAAGUGCAUAAAAUGAGAGGAGACUCUUUUGAAGAAGAUGAUUUUAAAAAUAAAAUCAAAAGGCAAGAAGAAGCCCUCCAGAGGCAAAUCGAAGAGGCUAAGAAGCAAGCAGAAGAAGCUCAGAGAGAAGAUUGUACAGUUCAAUGAAUCAGGGUUCACUUGAAUACUACUGAAAGAGAUAUCUAUAGCUUCUUUGUAAAAGCGAAUGUGGGAAAGGUUAAAGAUAUAAGAGUAAUUAAGGAUACUAAGACAGGUAAAUCCAAAGGAGUCGCUUACGUGGAAUUUUAUACUCCAGAAUCUGUAUUGCUUGCUAUGGCUCUCACCAAUCAGCCAUUAUUAGGCUUCCAAUGAUAAUCCAAGCAUCACAAGGUGAAAUAAAUAGACAAGCUCAAGCUACAAA